AUGGACCAAUCAUAUGCCCUAGAGAUCGAUAGCUACAUGUAUCAAAGCGUGGCAAGUGAAGGAAUCCAUUUGAUAUCUAAGUCACUUCGAGUGCCACUAUACCAAUUCCCAAUUGUCGGAGUUGCCAGUUGUCGGAGCCUGUAUUAUUCAGGAAACGACCAGUCGGAUGAAGUUGAAGAUUUGUUUCACGCCCUUUCUGUUAUCAAACGCGAAGUGCCCACUGUUUCAUAUGUUUCUAGUGGAGCUAUUUUGUCCGAUUAUCAGCGCAUCAGGGUUGAAAACGUUGCUGCACGACUUUCCCUUCAUUCGUUGUCAUUUUUAUGGCGGCGCCCUACUGACGAGCUACUACGCACCAUUAUCUCGGCAUCAGUUGAUUCUAUCAUCGUAAAGGUUGCCUCAUUCGGGCUUCUCCCCGAGUCCCAUCUUGGCAGACGGCUGUCGGAGGUGGUAGAACAGCUGUGCGAACUUUCAAAGCCCCCGUAUUGCUUGAAUGAGUGCGGAGAAGGCGGCGAGUACGAAACAUUCACCCUGGAUUGUCCCUUGUUCCACCAUCGAUUGCGUGUACGGUCUACACCAAAGGUGGUGAUGCAUUCGAACGAUCCAUUCGCUCCGGUGGCUUACCUGCAAUUAACUGACCUAGCACUUGAGGACAAGCCUACUUCUGAGGUAUGCCAGACUUCUGAAGAUGUUUUGGCUAUUGUGGAUGCCACUAUUUCGCCUCCCAGACGUCCAUUUCUGACCCCACUCGAAAGGUUGACUGAUUUGAGGAUCAAGUUUGCAUCUGAAUCAUCUAGCGAUUUUUCCAACUUACCUCAAGCUGUUUCAUCCGAAUUCCCAAACGCGGACCAGUACUCAUUCUCCGCGAGCCUUCCAUCGUAUGGCUUCUUUAGUCCUUUUGCCGGAGAUUCUUUGUGGUUCAGUGAAACAUUCAUUGGAACGUGUGAAUCCAUCUGUAACCAAGAGACAGCUGUCAAGAAUGCUACCAUGGCGGCGGCAAAGUUACUUCAAGGCCGCCUCGCUUCCGUUGGCUUAUCCUUCAAUCAUGUGGUGUCAUGUAUCUGCUUACUGAAUCGGCCCCUGACGGAUGCAACUUUCUCCGCAUUCAACACUGUGUACGCAUCUGUGUUUGGUAUGCCAUUGGAAACGGAAACUCCGCACGGAACAUCUCCACAAUCUCCUCCUCACCGCUGUUUUCCACCAUCACGAGUUUGUUUAUCUGUCGAUAGCAUCCCAUACUCGGCUAGUCAAAAAUCGGACCAUUCGUCUGUAGUUGCCGUCAGCUUGACCGUCAUUGUUCACCCGUACAACAUUAAUGGCCUCACUCCCCUCGACGGUGGAUGCCGGGGCUUGCACGUACAAUCCAUCUCACACUGGGCACCUGCUAGCACUGGGCCGUACAGUCAAGCCGUAACGGUGACGGUUCCAUCCAAUCUGUCAUCACACACGGAAUACGACUCCGACGUCUCAGGUGCGAUGACAAGCGAAGGCAAGCUGUUCACGUACACCUUGUUUUCUGGGCAGAUGGGUCUGAUCCCUGAAACCUUGACUGUACCAACCUCAAUCCAGCUCAAUUGUUCCGAGGCUCACGCACUGGAGACGGAAUGUUGGUUGGCUUUGCGACACUGCCACCGUGUUUUAAAAGCGGUAUCCUGUGCUAUAUGGGCCAACCUGUAUGCAGGCAUUUGCUUUGGCAUCUCCAAGAAGGCGUUACUCCAGGCCAAAUUGGCAUUUCACUCAGCUGUCUGUUCGGUAUGGUUCGCAUCACCGGAAUCGGACGGCCUCUGUGCCACUGAUGAGGUACGCAACCAUUGCUGCGUAUGCAAUACACAUGUUGUUUGGGCACAAGUUUCCGGACUGUCAAACAACUCGUCAAUCGAAUGGCAAUUCUUCACCCGCUCAAAUAUGGAAAGACUUCACCACUCCCCUCUAGUCUACGGAGGAGCUGAUAUAUUGACUUUUCUUGCACAGCCUUGUAUCAUAUUUUCCGUAAACAAUUCAUUCGCGGGACCUCUUGGAAAAUGUGUAAUCCCAGUCGGUGGUCUCCUGGACCGGACUGAUGCGAUAGCUGCAUUAAUCCUGUAA